GCUGCCCGGCCAGGGGCUGGGGUCCGACCCGGCGGGCGGGCGCCAUGGAUCUGCUGUCGGCGCUGAGUCUGGGCGAGCUGGCGCUCAGCUUCUCGCGGGUGCCGCUUUUCCCGGUCUUCGACCUCAGCUACUUCAUUGUCUCCAUUGUCUACCUCAAGUAUGAGCCAGGAGCGGUCGAGCUCUCCCGGCGCCACCCUGUCGCGUCCUGGCUCUGCGCCAUGCUGCACUGCUUCGGAAGCUACAUCCUGGCUGACCUCCUGCUCGGGGAGCCCCUCAUCGACUACUUCAGCAACAACUCCAGUGUCCUGCUGGCCUCGGCCGUCUGGUACUUGAUCUUCUUCUGCCCCAUGGACCUCUUCUACAAGUGCGUCUGCUUCCUGCCCGUGAAGCUCAUCUUUGUGGCCAUGAAGGAGGUGGUGAGGGUCCGCAAGAUUGCGGUGGGCAUCCACCAUGCGCACCACCACUACCACCAUGGCUGGUUUGUCAUGAUCGCCACCGGCUGGGUCAAAGGCUCUGGAGUCGCCCUCAUGUCCAACAUUGAGCAGCUGCUUCGGGGCGUCUGGAAGCCGGAGACCAAUGAGAUCCUGCACAUGUCCUUCCCCACCAAAGCCAGCCUGUACGGAGCUGUGCUCUUCACCCUCCAGCAGACACGCUGGCUCCCUGUCUCCAAAGCCAGCCUCAUCUUCAUCUUCACCAUGUUCAUGGUGUCCUGCAAGGUGUUCCUGACGGCCACCCACUCCCAUGGAUCCCCCUUUGAUGUCCUGGAGGGCUACAUCUGCCCUGUGCUGUUUGGGGAAGCCUGGGAGGGCGAUGAUCACCAUGACAACCAGGGGGGGCAUGGGGCGUCCCCUGGCAGCAGCCCAGGUGCCCUGCCCUCCAAGUCCAAGGAGGAGUUGAGUGAGGGGUCCAGGAAGAAGAAGGCCAAGAAAGCAGAUUAGUGGGCUGCCCAGGGGCCAUGGGUACUGGGAAACGGGCAUUCUGGGCUUGGCUUAUCCCCUCUGGGCCCUGACUCCCUGUCUGUAAACUGGGGCCAUCUACCCACUCCCUUAGCUGAAGAUAUUAAGUAAGAUAUGGGGGUACAGGGAUUGGGGGUCACCCUUUCUGCCAGGCUCCUAGCUUUCGGGGAGCCGUACAGAAUCCCAGGAGCAGCUCCAACCAAAAAUCCUGCUGUCAUUUUCUUGGUUCUACUUUUUCCUAAAAUCACAUCUUGACUCAAAGAAUUUUAAGGGACUCUGAAGUCAUUUAUUUGAUGGAUAUUUCCUAAGUCCCUGCUGUGACACAGGCCCUGCUCCCUGCACAGAGGCCCUGGCACAAUUUCGAAGUCUCUUCUUGCCCAGGCUCCCUAGGACCUGGACCAUUUCCCUGUGCCCAGAAAGUUCCAGCCCUUACUGGGCAUCCCCAGGGGAGUUACCUGCCUUCUCUGAGCCUCCUGUUCCUCCUCUGUACAGUGGGCAGGAACCUCCCACCCACCUCUGAUGGAGGCAGGGCCACCAGGCCAGAGAGGGUCUUCAAGUGGACAUGAAAAAGCUUUAAAAGCUCAUAGGCUCAGUGACAUUGGGAGGGGUUGUUAAUUAUGAUUGAAAGCAGCUUUGCAUUUUAGAUCGUUUGAGUUUUCAGAUGGGGGAGCCCACCAGUAACUUGGCACAGAGGAGGCCUCCAGAAGACUGGACUUGAGAGCCUGGGGCAUGACGAAGACUCUUUCUGACCUUUCGCUGCCCCUGAACCCAAGAAGUGCUGCAGGCUGGGCUGCUAUUCUAAGACCCAGCUCUGGCAGGAGCCGGAGAGCUCUCCCUGUGGGCCCUGGAAGUGUCAGGCCUCCCUCAUACUGGCCUUCUUCACUGUGGCUCUUUCAGUAACUCAACAAACAUCUUGACGCCUGUUCUGUGCUGAGCCUUGUGCUGCUGCUGGGUGGCCAGGACUUGCUUCUGUGUGGGGGAGGGGGUGGUCCUUGGCUGCCAGGAGAGGUCAAAUAGCAUGAGAUGUCCAGGUAGGGGUUGGGCAUCUCCAGUCUCAGGUGGGGGGUUGGGCUUAGAGCUAUAAGUAGGUGCUCAGGGCAUGCUCAGGGCGUCCACCAGCAGCUGGGGGCAACCGAGAGAUUGGCACAAGGUUGGCCAAAGCUUGAUGGCAGUCCCAAGGGUUGCCCAGCUAUUGGGAAAGUGCCUUUUUCUGGGUGGUACUUGGAAGCUGGGUGGGUUCUGAGGCUGUCACGCCGCAAGUUCGUCCUCUUGCAUGUCUGUGAGGGGUCGGCAAAUAAAUCCGUUGUGAAUGAACCCUGAUGCUGGUCUGAUUUGUUGUCAUGCUCUCACCCUGAAGACAGAGUGACAUAGGUGGGGUCUGUAUCCCCAGAUGCUCUGACCUUCUGCUGGAGUGACGCUCAAGGUAGCUGUGGAUUGCAGGGGAAGAUGGUGGCAGUGGGGGAGGUCUGUGAGAUUUGGGGUCAAGUGGACCUGGGUUCGAAUCCCAGUGUUGUAGAGCAAUUUCAAAUCCUCAAGAACUUCACAUAAAAGAAUUACCGGAUGCAUAAAUAUAAUAUGCAGUAAAUACACUUUAAGUGAUUGAAGGCGAACGAAGGAUUCAAAUUAGAAAAGAACAAGAUGCUAUUGAAAAGACUGAGCUAUUCUGAUACCUGACAAGGAAAUUAUUUAUACACAAAUUAUGUAAAGUUUUACAAAUAAGUUAGUUAAAGAAAAGCAAACAGAAAAAUGGGCAAGAUGUGUGAACGGGCAAUUCUGAGAUGAGAUUAGGCUGACAAACAUGAAAGAUAUUCAACCUGGUAGUAAUUAAGGAAAUAAACUAAGGCCAAAAUUAGAUACUGUCUUAGUCUACUAAAAGAGCCUUAGUGGCUCAGUGGUUAAGUGCUUGGCUGUUAACCAGGUGGUCAGUGGUUCAAACCUACCAGCUGCUCCACGGGAGA